CGCCCGCCAUGCGCGCUGCCCGCGCCGCCCCGCUGCUCCAGCUGCUGCUCCUGCUGGGGCCGCGGCUUGAGGCUGCGGGAGCCGCGGAGCCGCCGCUGCCCACCGUGGUCCUUGCCAUCCUGGCCCGCAAUGCCGAGCACUCACUGCCUCACUACCUGGGCGCGCUGGAGCGGCUGGACUACCCCAGGGCCAGGCUGGCCCUCUGGUGUGCCACGGACCACAAUGUGGACAAUACUACAGAGAUGCUACGGGAGUGGCUGGCUGCUGUGGGCCAUGACUAUGCAGCUGUGAUCUGGAGGCCUGAGGGGGAGCCCAGAUCCUACCCAGAUGAAGAGGGCCCUAAGCACUGGACCAAAGAAAGGCAUCAAUUCCUGAUGGAGCUGAAACAGGAAGCCUUGACCUUUGCCAGGGACUGGGGAGCAGACUAUAUCCUGUUUGCAGACACAGACAACAUUCUGACCAACAAUCAGACGCUGCAGCUUCUGAUCGAGCAGGGGCUGCCUGUGGUGGCCCCGAUGCUGGACUCUCAGACCUAUUACUCCAAUUUCUGGUGUGGGAUCACCCCCCAGGGCUACUACCGCCGCACGGCCGACUACUUCCCUACCAAGAACCGCCAGCGCCGGGGCUGCUUCCACGUCCCCAUGGUCCACUCCACCUUCCUGGUAUCCCUGCGGGCUGAGGGGACGGCCCAGCUGGCCUUCUACCCGCCUCACCCCAACUAUACCUGGCCCUUCGAUGACAUCAUCGUCUUCGCCUACGCCUGUCAGGCAGCUGGGGUCUCGGUCCACGUGUGCAACGAGCAGCGUUAUGGGUACCUGAACGUGCCUGUGCAAUCCCACCAGGGGCUGGAGGACGAGAGAGUCAACUUCAUCCACCUGAUCCUGGAAGCGCUGGUGGAUGGGCCCCCCAUGUGGGCCUCGGCUCAUGUGUCCCGGCCCCCAAAGAGGCCCAGCAAGAUGGGGUUUGAUGAGGUGUUUGUCAUCAGCCUGGCCCGCCGGCCCGACCGCCGAGAGCGCAUGCUGACUUCGCUGUGGGAGAUGGAGAUCUCUGGGCGGGUGGUGGACGCCGUGGACGGCCGGAUGCUCAACAGCAGUGUCAUGAGGACCCUCGGCGUGGACCUGCUCCCUGGCUACCAGGACCCCUACUCGGGCCGCACGCUGACCAAGGGCGAGGUGGGCUGCUUCCUCAGCCACUACUCCAUCUGGGAGGAGGUCGUCGCCCAGGGCCUGACCCGGGUCGUGGUAUUUGAGGACGACGUGCGCUUUGAGAGCAAUUUCAAGGGGCGGCUGGAGCGGCUGAUGGAGGAGGUGGAGGCGGAGAAACUUCCUUGGGACCUGAUCUACCUCGGCCGGAAGCAGGUGAACCCCGAGGAGGAGGCAGUCGUGGAGGGGCUGCCGAACCUGGUGGUGGCCGGCUACUCCUACUGGACGCUGGCGUACGUCCUGAGCCUGGCGGGCGCCCGCAAGCUGCUGGCCUCCCAGCCGCUGCGCCGAAUGCUGCCUGUGGAUGAGUUCCUGCCCAUCAUGUUUGACCAGCACCCCAAUGAGCAGUACAAGGCACACUUCUGGCCGCGGGACCUGCAGGCCUUCUCAGCCCGGCCCCUGCUCGCGGCCCCCACCCACUACGCAGGGGACGCCGAGUGGCUCAGUGACACCGAGACAUCCUCGCCCUGGGAUGACGACAGUGGCCGCCUCAUCAGCUGGACCGGCUCCUACAAGACCCUGCGCGGCCCCCGCCUGGACCUGGCGGGCAGCAGCGGGCACAGCCUCCAUCCCCACCCCCGGGAUGAGCUCUAGGGCUAGACGGUGACUCCAGAGGCACACCCGGGAGCAGACCAAAGCUGUCCAGGGGGCACAGCAAGAGCCACCCCCAGGAACCACUGACCCAGUAGAGACCUGGCUGUCCCCUUGGGCAUGGCCUCUCUGCCCUCUGGACCUGUCUUCCAUCAGGAGAAACCACUGAGAUGGGUCCCCUUCCCCCAAGGCCAUGUAGCCCAAGGGCAGGGCUCCUAGGCCCUCUUCCUUGCCAAUCUGAUUCAGGGCCUGGGGUGGAGGGAGGAAGGGAGGCCCCACCCCCCCAUCCUUCAGCAUCAAGCUGGGCAGACCCAGGAGGCGUGCCCCCCACUGAGGACCCGGCUGCGGUGGCCCCUCUGCCCCCUUCUACCUCGCUGUCAGCUCCCUACCCAGCUUCACAGCUGUGUCUAACCGGCCACCCUCUUGCCUGGCCAGUGGGAAGUGCAGGGAGAUGGGAGGAGGACCUAGCACACAGUAGGCCCUCAAUAAAAGCUGGCUGGUGUUGCACUUUUUACUUUUUAA